GGCAAAAAUAGAAACAGAGCUAUCGACGCUACUUGCCGAUCUGACUGUGUUCUUAACUUCUUAAAGCUCAAGCAUCGCCAUUGCAUCCAAAAAAGAUGUCAGAUCUCUGAUGAACGUGGGUGGCCUCUUCAUUCCUUGACUAUCUUUUACUCCUUCACUCCCUUGUCAACCAAUACAAGGACCUGCUGGUCGGGUGUUUGUGUAUUUGCUGCUGCCGCCACGUUGCUCUCCUUUCGCGCACUGGUGGACAUCUCACGAUCUCGACCACCAAGUCUCGGCUCUGUCGAAGUAUACCGCCAUUGACUGGCUCUUGGAAAUCUUCACUGCUGCGCAGCCCUCUUGUAUAUCGAAAUCGGGAAAAAUAAAACGAACGGCAAUCCUCUAACCCCCUAUCUCAGCAGCAACAAUGUCGUAUCCUCCCCUUGCUCCGUCUACCCAGGCUCCCACGCCUCCACCUUCAAUAACGGCUGCCUCCGAUGAUAAGUCAAAACCCAAAACGACGAGAAAGGGACGCAAACCUUCCUCAAGAAUAUCAGACAAGACGAGUUCACAAGAUACUCCAAUUAAAAAAGGAGAAAGGCUACACAAGAGGUCUCGGUCCGGAUGUUUCACCUGCCGUCUUCGAAGAAAGAAGUGUGACGAAGGUAAACCGGUAUGCAAGGCCUGCCGAAACCUUAAACUGAAAUGUGAAUAUAAACGGCCAAUGUGGUGGGGGAACAACGACCAGCGCCGGAACCACAAGGAAUUGAUCAAGGAGCUCAUCAAAAACACCAAGCUAAAUGAGCGGGGACUUUCUUCGGCCGCUCGUUCAUCAGCAGCUUGCACAUACACUCCGCCAGCCCUGUCGCAUUCAGCUCCCACCCCGGAGACCUUCAUCGAUGGAAUGGUUCAGACUCGCGAUCCUUCCCUAGAGCCACAGUACCCAUUUGAACAUGAAUUCAGUCAAUGUCACCCGCAAGACCCCCUCGAUUCUCUCACUUCUCAACUUCAAAACCCACUCUUCGAAUCCGCCCCAUUCUGGACCGCCGCGCCAUACGAGAUCGACAUCAAAACCGAAAGUGAGGUGUAUGUGAACGAUAUUCCAACUCGGAGAGAAUCCACCACGUCCACAUUCAGCAUGUUCCAGCCUCCAUUACCGCAUUCCAUGUUACCUCCUCUCUCUGACGAUAAAUGGUCGGAAGAAGAGUUCUUAGAGGGCCAUUCAGAACCUUUCUAUAGCGGGCCUUCUGACCAUAGUCCUUUCCAGUUCACCCAUGCUCCAGUUCACAUUUCCACCAUUCACGUCGAGGAUCGGGACCGUCCACUACUGGAUCAUUUCUUCGAGAAAGUCGUGCGUCUAAUCUUUCCGAUCCUGGAAGCGAAGCGCCCAGGCGCAGUACGCUCGGAGGUCAUACUACCCGCGAUAGAAUCAAACAAGUGCUAUCUCCACUGCUGCCUGAGCAGUACUGGCGUCCACUUGAAAGCGACGCAGCAAUUAAGCAGCGAGUCGAUCGACAAUGAAAUUUUGAGACACCGUUAUCAGACUGUCUCAGAGCUCUGUAAGGCACUGAACGAAGAUACUAACCACACUGACAUCCUCGAAGCGACGCUUGCAAUGAUCUUCUUCCAGUGCGCUGUUGGCCGACCAGACGAUUCGCUCCCCGAUAUUCCCUGGCACCAGCACUUCCAAGCAGCGACGAGCCUUGUUCACAAACUCGACCUUUCUCGUCGGCUAAUCGAAGCGGACCAAGUCAAUGUACAUCCGCCAUUCAAUAUGAGCCUUUCUGCUUGGAUCGAUAUCCUAGGUUCCACAAUGCUCGGUCAGAUGCCACAGUUUGCACAUACCUAUCGAACAAAGCUCUUCAACGGUUCUAGUUCGGGACUCUGCGACCUAAUGGGAUGCGAAGAUCGAAUAAUGUACUUAAUCGCCGAAAUCUCAUGCCUCGAUGCUCUCAAAAACGAAGGACGAAUCGACCACCUUGGACUUUGUGGCCAUAUAACCACUCUCGCCAAGCAACUCGACCAGGCGGAGCCUCCAGCAGAAUCGAUCGCCGACCCAUGCGCCGACGGAACGUUCCAGCCCCGCCAGCUUGUGAAGAAUAUGACGGCACUUUUCUGCGUUGCUGCACGGAUAUACCUCUGCAGCCUGGUCCCUGGAUUCCAACGCACCCAGCCCAGCACCCUCAACCUCAUCGCUCGCGCGGGUGAGCUCCUUGAAUUAAUCCCCGGCGGACCAGGUGGCUUUGACCGCUCGCUCGUCUGGCCAUUACUUAUCUGUGGAUCAUACUCCGUGCCGCACAGCCCCUUCCGCUCCGUGCUCGCCAGACGCAUGGAGCAGCUCGGUGAACAGGCUGAGUUUGGAAGUUUCGGCCGUAUGGCGCGUUUGCUGCAGGAGGUGUGGCGCGCUGCGGAUGGAGUCGUUGAGGAUUCGCAACUUAACGAUGCGAGUCAGAAUGACGUAGUCGCGAUCAAGACUGAGGAUGGACAAUACCAGCAGCAGUCUCCAGAGCACAUACCCAUGGAAUCUAUCAACGGCCAGAAUACCGUCCAUUGGCGGGAUGUCAUGCAAAAGAAUGGAUGGGACUUUUUGUUGAUAUGAUUGGACAUUAAUUGGGAAGCAAGAAGAUGACCAAAUUAAUGAGAAUUCGGCCCU